CAUGUCUUCCUUUUCUUGUCGCUUCUCUGAUCUCAGCACGUAACCUCCAUAUAUGCGCGACCAUCCUUUAAUCUCUCCGCACCAACGAACUUCAAAAACUAUUCUCAACACUUGUGCACACGCAAAGAUUCCAUGGGAGCGAAGCUUUCCUGCUUCUCCAACCGCGGAGGCAGCCUCUCGCAGCAGCCACACCAGCCGGCGCCUGUUAGGGUCAUUGCCGCCGACGGAUCGCUGAAGGAGCUCCCGGCCAGCCCACGCGUCACCGUCUCCAACGUGCUCGGCGGCAGCGCCGCGUCCUUCUUCGUGUGCAGCUCCGACGCGCUCUACUUCGACCAGAGCCCUCCGGCGCUGGCAUCCGGGGAGGUACUCCAGUCGGGGCAGAUAUACUUCGUGCUCCCGGCGGCGUUGCUCGGGCGGCCGCUAUCCAGCGCCGAGAUGGCCUCGCUUGCGGUGCGAGCGAGCUCGGCGAUCGCGGCCAAGAAGCCGCAGCGGAGGCGGGGGCGCCUCAGCGGCGGGAGGAAGAAGGUGCGCGUCAUGCCGAUGCACGAGGAGGUGGAAGACGGCGAGGAUGUUCUGCUGAACGAGAAGCUUAACGAGCGGACGCUCGGGGAGUUCGCCGUGUCGCCGAUGAGCCCAGAGAAGAUCGGCGUGGUGGCGGCACGGUCGCGGCUGAAGAUGAAGCUGAAGCGCGCUCUGAGUAUCAUUCAAGAGGUUGCUGAGUGAAGCAUUUCUCUAAAAGAUAAAUACUAGUGGUGUUUUUUUUUAGUUUUUGGUUCUGUUUGAAGCCAUAUUUAGGUUUAAGCCCAAAUAUUUAAUUGGUUUAGUUGAUUUAGGAUAGGAAGAACAUGUAUUCUGGGAAAGGGUAUGUGAAUAUGUCCCAUGGUGUAUGUGAUUCACUAUAGAAUACUUAUAUGCAAGACUAAAAGAAUGCAAAACACCGAUUCUUGA